GAUAAUGAUAUUGAUCCCUUGUUUGGGAAGGAGCUUCGUUUUAAAUUUUUAGAGAACUUUGACAAAUUUAAUGAAUUUUGACUAAACUACCCUUACAAUUUUAAGAAGUUCACCGGGUAUUCUUAUUUGGGAUAUUGUAUCUUUUACAGGUAGAAUGAUAAAUCUAGUUGCUUACCUCUUUAAUUAGUUGCUCCUCCUAGCUCUCUCCUCAUAUCUGAAGCAAGGUGAUUACAAUCAAUUAUAAUCCCCUCCUCUUUCUCAACUCUUUUGCUAACUCACCCCCUCCAGUAUCUCCUCUUUGUUGGUACUAACAACAACAACAAAACCGGCACAACCACCAACAACAAUACCGGCACAACCACCAACCACCUACAAAUCAAUUCAAUCAAAUUUCUACAGAUUUUGGAGAUUCAAGUUUUAACAGUUGCGAAAAUAAUGGAGGAUAAGGUAUGAAAUCGGAACCCUAGAUCGAAAUCCAAGAUAUAGAAGUUUUGAGAGAUAAAAGGUUUAAGAAGAUGAAGAAAAUAACGGAGAUGGUAUCCCUCGGCAUGGCGAUGGCGAUUGUUCCAAGAUUUACAGUGAGUUCUUUUGUAUUAGUUUGUCCAGUUCGUUAAUUGUUUGGGAAAAUGAUUGGGUUUUACAUCUCUUUGAUUUUAGGCUUGUUGUAAUUGGAUUAAUUGUGAAAUUUUGGAGGCCUUUAAAUCUCUUUGAUUUUAGGCGUUUUGUAAGUAAAUUAAUUUGUGAAAUUGUGGAGGCCUUUAAAUCUCUUUGAUUUUAGGCGUUUUGUAAGGAAAUUAAUUUGUGAAAUUAUGGAGGCCUUUGCUGCUCUUUGAUUCUAUGCGUUUGUUAAGGCCUUUCUUGUUCUUUUAUUUUAGGCGUUUUGACUGAAUUUAUUGUGUUAUUUGGAGAAAAUGAGAGAUUUAUGGGCUUGUAAAUUUGACAGAUUAUUUUGUGCGUGAAUUGCUGGGUUUUGAAAGGUGUGACAGAUUUUGUUUGACUUCUCUAUAAUAUUUAUGCGUAAUAUAUGUGGGUUUCCUAAUAUAAGCUGUGAUUUCCUUUGCUUUGAAACGAUGGAGUAAUUAGAGCUUUCGGAUUUGUUACUGGAAAUCAGUAAAUAAUCAAAUUUUGAGCGGAAUAAAACUGUAAAAGUAUAGAGGGUAGUUUAGUCAUUUAGAUAGGGAACACCAAAAGUGUGUUUACGUAAACGCCCUCAGCUCUUCCUUUAUAGAAUAGAGAUAUGCUACCCCAUAAGCCAAGGUAACAACACAAUUUCAAUACACAAGGUAAAAAAUUACCCUAAUUCUUACAAUGAUCAUCUACGAAGAUCUUAUUAGUGGCGACGAACUUUUAUCCGACUCAUAUAACUCCAAAGAACUCUUUAAUGGAUGCCUAUGGGAGGUACAAGGAAAGUGGGUUGUUAAAGAUAGUCGCAUCGACGUCAACAUUCGCGCCAACCCUUCUGCCGAAGGCGGGGCUGAAGACGACGUCGUUGAUGACAACCACGGUGUCAAGGUUGUCGACAUUGUUGACAACUUUAGGCUACAAGAAAAACCACCCUAUGAUAAGAAACAAUUUGUUGCGUGGGUUAAGGGUUACAUCAAGAACUUGAUUGGUAAGUUGGAAGCUGAGAAGGCUAAUGAGUUUAAGAAGAAUGUCGAGGCGGCGACGAAGUUUCUGAUGUCGAAGCUAAAAGAACUUCAAUUCUUUGUGGGUGAGAGUAAGAAUGAUGAUGGUUCUAUGGUUAUGGCUUAUUACAAGGAUGGUGCUAUUGAUCCAACUUUUUUGUACUUUGCUCAUGGUCUUGAGACUCUCCGCAGAGUAUCGUUUGCUUUAACAUUGUUUAAAGUCUGAGAGUGGGGAUAGCUCAGUUGAUUACAGAUUCCCUCCCGAUUCCAGGUGAUCGUGGUAUCGAUUCUCACCCCCGCCUUUAUGGCUCAUUUGCACACACACAAAAAACGAUAUUUACUGUCUAGUUAGUUGAUUGGUACCCCCUGGUUGAAAAUCCUGGGUCUGCCACUGCUUAAGAGAAUCAAAUAUUGAAAGGGAAGGAUGUGCAAUUAAGAGGAGUUUGUUAUAAUUCUAGCUUUCUAGGUUAAAUAAAUUGUUUUAUGUUUUCUU